UGGAAGUGCUCCGGGUAGACCAUGCACAUGACUGUAGUCUCUUGUAGCGGAGGAGGCUGUCAGAGGCACUUACUUCGCAGCUGGUGCUGUCAGGAUUUACCCUAUGCUUUUUCACUUGUUCUGUCAUCGUCUGCAUUUCUCAGCCGCUGGAUGUUAAAAAUGGACCAGAAUCCCGAUCUUCCGACGACAGAGAUGUCAGAUAACAACACAGAUAACAACACCACAGCUGAAUCAACAGAUCCUCCUCAGAGGUUCACAAGGAAAGAGAUUCUCACCUUAAUAUCAAUGGCGUCUGUCAACUUUGGCUCUAUGAUUUGCUACUCAAUAUUGGGCCCAUUUUUUCCCACCGAGGCAGUGAAGAAAGGAGCCAGUCAGACUGUAGUUGGUCUCAUAUUUGGGUGUUAUGCUGUCUCCAAUCUAAUUGGUUCAUUGGUACUGGGAAAAUAUAUUGUCCAGAUUGGUGCAAAGUUCAUGCUUAUUGCAGGACUUUUUGUAUCAUCGUGCUGCACUAUUAUAUUUGGAUUUCUUGAUCGGGCUCCUGCAGGACCUAUAUUCAUCAGUCUGUGCUUUAUUGUGAGGUCGCUUGACGCUGUCGGCUUUGGAGCUGCUAUGACAUCUGCUUUCGCCAUGACUGCAAAAAUAUUCCCAAACAAUGUGGCAACUGUUCUGGGUAGUUUGGAGAUUUUCACAGGACUCGGCCUUAUCCUGGGACCACCACUGGGAGGGUGGCUCUACCAGUCUUUUGGUUACGAAGUCCCUUUUUUAAGUCUUGGAUGCUUGCUGUUGAUUAUGGUUCCUUUCAACAUUUACGUCCUGCCAUCCAUUGAGGCAGUCCCAUCGAAGGAUUCAUUCUUUCGACUACUCACCCACGUGAAAACAAUCCUGGUUUGCUACGUGGUAUUCACUCUCAGUGCAGGUCUGGGCUUUUUGGAUGCCACUUUGUCACUGUUUGCUAUUAAUAGGUUCGGUCUCUCAAAUGGCUACGUGGGACUAAUAAUGCUUGGUUUAUCUUUACCAUAUUGUCUGGCAUCACCGCUGAUUGGGUAUUUCACAGAUAAAUAUCCUGCCACUAGGAUGGCGGUCUUGGUGACAGGUGGAAUCGCUGCUACAAUUGGCUUCUGUCUUCUUGGUCCCGCCCCUUUUCUUCACAUCCAGAGUCACCUGUGGUUGCUGGUCGUCAUGCUUGGUCUAAUUGGGUUUUCUCUGGGUAUGAGUGCAAUCCCCACGUUCCCUGAGAUCAUCACAUGUGCAUAUGAAAUAGGAUUUGAAGAGGGGCUAAGUACACUUGGAAUGGUGUCUGGGUUAUUUGGUGCAGUGUGGUGCACUGGGAUGUUUUAUGGCCCCAUUGUGGGAGGAAUUAUUGUUCAACAUCUCAGCUUUGAAUGGGCUGCUACAGUUCAAGGAGCGUUGGCAUUUUUGGGUGCAUUUCUCAUCUUCAUGUACUCUGUCUGUCAACGGACAAAACGAGAAAGGGUCCAAGAAAACAGCCAACAAGCAGAUGAAAGAACCCCUCUCCUAUGAUCCUGUGCUCCAGCUCCAAGUUAAACAUCUUAUCAGCCAUUUUUUGUUAUCAGGCUGAUAUUGUAUUAAUGUUGUGAGUCCUUUGGUUAUUUAUAUGUGGUUCUAGGGCAUGCGUUGUAGUAGGAACUACCAAACAGGUAUUUUAAGUACUUUUGCAGGUAUUUAUAACUCUAUAGCCUGCUUCUUAUCAAUGCAGUAACACUGUGUAAUGUAAAAUGGAGUGGGUCCAAAAAUAAUUUGGGGAGCAACACGGAUAUUAAAAAUGAAACCAGAAGUUCACUACACGAACCCAGCUUGAUUGUGAUCUAAGUUAGAGCCCUGUGCAGGUAGGAAUCCACAGACACAGACUCCUGCCAAAGUAUUUAAAACUGCCUGAUAAUAGUUUCUUCAACAUUGCCACGAUGACUCACACACAAUGACACCAGCCACUUGGUUAGUAAGAGUGAGUUUUAUAAACAGUGGUUUAAUUGUAAAGCGGUGCAAGUGUACUGAUUUAAGGUGGUGCAUCUGAAUGUAAGUGUUUCAUAUGGGUGUGUGAGUAUGACUUUAUUUACUAUACUAAAACAGUGCAAUUUACCUAAUAAUCACAAACUAUUGCCGACCACAAUUGUGCCUUUUGUAGAGAUAUUCAUAGGAUUUCUACAUCAACAUAAUAUCAACCAAUAUCAACAUCUGAUUACCUCAUUCAUAGAAAUGUGAAGAAAACCAUGUGAUAUAAGGAUAUCUUUGCUCAUAAUGAACCUUUCAUACUGUACUAAUUCUUCAAACAGGGAAUUUAUUGCAGAUUUCACUGCAGUUAGAAAUGUUGAAUGUUUUGCCUUCUUUUCUGCCUGCAUUAUAGAUUUAUUUAACACUGAUAUUGAGAUUUUUUUUCACUCACUGACAAUUUAAGGGACUGCAAAGACUGAUUAUGAAUAAAAAAUGGAAA